AUGGCAGACUGCAGUCUCGAAGGUGGCACCGACCUGCCUGGAAGAAAUGGAUCGACAUUCAUUUCAAGAGCACGCAGUAUUGUGGCUGGACUGAAGGACCCGUCCCUGGAAAGUUAUAUUCAAUAUGUCGAUUCUAACGUAGCUGCUUGUGAGUACCUUGACUCUCCCAUCGCUCGCACUUGUCUUGACUUUGAAGACUUCCCCUUAGGAUCGAAGGUCAAGGGGAUAUUUGCUCAUGGAUCGGCUUCUUGGACGAGGACGGCAGCGAUUCAAACGGUGCAAGUGGAUGGCACCAUCCUGGAAUUCUUUCUGAAAGUUACUAGAACCACAGUCGGGAAGACCACUCUCCAAGGAGAAUAUGUAUCGACGUGGGCAAUCUCACGAGCGGCUCCAGACCUCGUUCAGACUCCAAUUGCCGUCGGAACAUACGCGACCGACAACAAUAUCCACUUCCUCCUCUCCAGAUUUGUCAACAUGACUGGCAAGGUGCCCGAUCCGAGGUCGUUGCCCAUGAAGAUUGCCGAAAUGCAUUUCAAGGGAGCGUCGCCGACUGGUAAAUAUGGAUUCCCGGUGCCCACGAGUAUGGGUGCUUGCAUCCAGCAGAAUAAGUGGACAAGCUCCUGGGAGAGAUGCUUCACGGAGUUGAUGAAUACCAUGUUCGAGUUUGAACAAGAUGUGCAUGGAAACCAUGAGGAGAUGCAGCAACUUCAUCACAUCAUCCUCGAGAAGGUGAUCCCUAGACUCCUACGACCGAUGGAAACAGGAGGUAGAGAUAUCGAACCCAGGAUAGUGCAUGGAGACUUGUGGGACGGCAAUACGUCUGUUGAAGCGACAACUGGAAACCCAGUCAUCUUUGAUGCUAGUAGCAUAUAUGCCCACAACGAGUAUGAAUUAGGACCGUGGGAUUUAUCUCGUCAUCGACUGGAUCGCUCCUAUAUCCAAGAAUAUCGGAAGCACUUCGAACCCUCACGGCCAGAAGAGGAUUUCGAGGAUCGCUUGAUCCUCUACCGACUGCGGUUCAACUUGACUUCAUCUGCUUGCCAUCUGGACCACGUGCAUUACAGAAAGCUUGCAGUCGGAGAUAUGCGUUACCUGACGGCAAAGUACACGGACGGUUAUCAAGGACCAGAGCAGAGGAAGCCAGAGGAAGACCAGACUCUGCCAUCCCAUGCUGGUGAGAAGAAUGGCGAUUUGCUCAUCGUCGAUACUGAGCCUCAGGGCGAACUCCAUGGUCUGGUGGUCGAACAAAGGUUCGAGGAUAAAACAGAAUUCCCUGGUUGA